AUGCUAACGUUUGAAGUACUAUUAACCGUUGGAUUAUUUUUUUGGAUAUAUUUCCUAUGGAAUCGACGCAGGCUUUACAUGCUGCUAUUGAAGCUGCCAGGACCCAUGGGACUGCCGAUUCUCGGCUCUGCCCUGAACUACGUUGUCUUCCAUAAAAUGAGGAUGAGACUUCGAAUUAAGUACAUGGACCAGUACGGCUCAAUUUUGGCCUGGCUGGGACCAAAGCCAAUUGUAAUAACACGGGAUCCAAAUAUUGCCAAGGAGGUCCUUUUGUCUUCAGAAUGCCUCAAUAGGAGUUCCCAAGUGACAGCUCCGUUUGCUGUCAGCGUCGGUCAUGGAUUGUUUUCAAUGGAAGCUCAAAGGUGGAUGGAACGUCGCAAGCAGAUGAAUCCCACAUUCAAGCAUAGUAAUUUGACCAGCUUCCUUCCCAUUUUCAACGCCGAGGUGAACACGUUAAUGACCGUUCUAGACUCGUACGUUGGCCAAGGCGAAAAAAAGAUCCUCCAUGAUAUAAUCAGAUGGUCGUUUAGAGUGGCCACUCAGACCACAGUGGGAACUGAUGUGCAGCAAGAAGAAGCCUUUCAGAACGAUACAGUUAUGAAAAGCUAUGAGUCGCUUUUGAAGUUAUUUACACUGGAUGUUAUUGUAUCGAUUACCCGCAACAAAAUAAUAUCCAAGCUGGUCGGAGUUGAAGCGAAGAAAACGUUACAUGCGUCCAAUAUUAACAACGUGAUAAGCAAAAUCAUUGAGAAGAAGCUGAACUCAGAGCCAGAAAGUGGUGCAGGGGCUGAAUUUAAAUCUGUGAUCAACAGGUCCAUCGACCUCUAUCGUAAGGGAGAAAUGCCCCUUGAUCAGGUGCGGGCGGAAUGUUUUCUGAUGGUUGCGGCGGCCUUCGAGACAAGUGGUCUUACGGUUUGCCAUACUCUCACACUGCUGGCCAUGUUCCCCGAGUACCAGGAUACGGUCUAUGAAGAGCUCAAAGAUAUCUUUCCCAACGCCGGGGAGUUCGAAGUAACGUACGAGGAUAUACGAAAAAUGGUUUACUUGGAACGCGUCUUGAAUGAGUCCCUGCGACUUAUCCCAUCCAUUCCGCUUGCACCGAGGGAGACCAUUCAGGACUUCCGACUGUCGAAUGGGGUUGUCAUACCCAAAGGAGUCUCAAUUGGAAUCUGUAUAUUCAGUACUCACCGCAACAAGGAAUUUUGGGGACCGGAUGCUGAAAAGUUUAAUCCGGAUAACUUCCUACCAGACAAUGUUCGCGAUAGGCAUCCUUACGCCUAUAUUCCCUUUACGAAGGGAAAACGAAAUUGCAUAGGCUGGCAGUACGGAAUUAUGUCUUCUAAGCUCGCCUUGGCCAAGAUUCUCAGGAAUUACAAAGUAAGCACAUCCUUCCGAUAUGAGGAUCUCGAUUUCGUUGACAACAUAGGCAUGGUGCUGGCUCAGCAACCAGGAAUAGAAUUUCAAAGACGGACUUAGGCUGACCUGAACGACUUAUAGUCAGGUCAUGCAUAUUUCUGUA